AUGUCCAUCCUACUGUCGAUUUGGACCUACUUCGCCAACUUGCCGAUGGGUUCCGAAGAUGCGACCCGUGCUCUGUGUCAGGUUUUCGAGGACACUUUCGCCUUCGAAGUGCUCCAUGGCCAACUCAAUAUAGACUUGAAAGCCAAAGUCUCGGCAUUUCUCAGCGGCACACCAGCAGAGACAGUUGCAGCAGAUGGUUUCGACCCAACUCCAGCACCACUUGGUCUCCACAGGCACCCUUUCAGUGGUCGAGUCCCCGAUGCGCACAAAAAACAUCGUCUUCUUGGAGGACGUGCUUAUGCCAAGUUUGAACAGAAGAUUGAUUCGCUGGAACACCGUCCAGUGGUUUUCGAGGACCGCGAUCAGACCAUGAUCAUGGAGGUCUACGCCGACGUACCUUUCCUGAACUGGCAGCAGAACGUACAGACCCGACCAGCCUUGACCUUCGUCCCUUCGACCGUACUCGGCUUGCAAAACCUGGUCAAGGCAUACCCUCACAAACGCAUUCGAUGCAGUGGCUACCGCCACACCAGAUCUGAUUUCUUCGCCGAGGAGAGAGACGUGCUCGUCUCAUUUGUCAGUCUGCACCACGUCGCUAGUGUUCUACCGGAGAUGAUCAGCCUAUUUUCUGGUCGGAUCAAUGACGCCGAGGUGUCGGGAGAACUGAGAAGCAUCCAUACGUUUCCUCCGAAAGCAGGUCAAGCGAACACACAGCGAGUCCGGAGUAUGAACGAUUACAUCAGGGUCGUCGAAUACGUCGAUGUCAACGGAGUCGUCCAAUCAAUCACAGAGCCUAGCGAGUUGCAUGCUGCCUUGGGAUGCUUUGGACUACUGGGUAUUAUCACACACGUCACUUACGAAGUCAAGAAAAUGACAUUCGCCGUCAUGCGACCUCGUAAGGUGAAGACAAUGCUUGCCAUCCCACCUCCUGAUCCUAGCCAUGUUCCUGAAGCAUUACUCGUCGAAACCAGCCCUGGAGAAAUACAGCAGGCUAUCACUGAUUUCGAAAGGAGAGCCGGUCAAGAUCACUAUGCUGAGUGGUCCUGGUUUUCUUACCAGUCAGACGUUCUUGUCAACACAUGGUCGACCGUCUCAGAUGGUGAAGGCCAAGAAGAUUACACAAGCCCUGCCCAAACAUUCCUGCAAUGGAUAGCGGCAUGGCAAUCACAAAUACUGGCAAUCGGAAACAUGGCUGUCUUGUCACCAUUGACCACUGAUCCAAAAGAUUUCGAGAUCAAGACUAGUCUGCCGAACGCCCUGCACUUCCGACGUGGUCGUCACUAUGCUCGUAGCCGAAACAUGGAGCUUGAGCUACCGAUACCACCCUCAUCGACAGACAACAGCAAGCCUGACUGGAUGACGGUAAGAAAGGCUUGGUGGGGCGCUGUCAACUUGGUGUACAGUUCGGCCAAUUCGCCGAUGCGGUUGGCGAUGGACAUGAGCAUCACGGGAGACAGCGACAUCAUCAUGGCGCCUCAACGUGGGAACAGCCAUGGUACCGUGGCCCUUGAAAUUGGCUCGGUCAAGGAUGCUGUGACCGAAGAUGAGUGGCAGGCUUUCUGCCAGAGUUUCGUGGACAUGUUGACCGCCUUGGCUCCUGAAGGCAGACUUCGCCCGCAUUGGGGGAAGGAGUGGGUGAAAGUGCGGUUCGGGGGCCUUCCGGCUCGCCAGUACAUCAAGACGAUGGCGUACAAAGACGAAAUUCCACAAUGUUUAGCGGUAUUGGACAACAUCGGAAAGCGACAAAAGUGGACAAUGGAAGACCUCCACAAGAGAUUCUCCAACAAUUUGCUUGACGACAUCUUCUUCUCUAACACUUCGGUCCAAUCUUGA